AUGAAGAAAAAAAUAAUAGUAAAAAGAUUGUCGAUUAACUUUUAUCCCGAAUAUAACUCUUGCGACGAGUACGAAGAAAUUGAGUUCGACGCGUAUGAUUGCGGCGGUGGCAGUGAUAAUGUCAGUGAAGAAGAAGCCGCAUCUGAGCGCCGCUGGCCAAAGUCUAUGAUUGAAAUGCCUACGCCGGCAACCCCAUCGCUUGAAGCUGAAACUAUUAUUCCCGAAAAGUCUUCAGAUGGGGCCCGUGUUAAUUUACCAUCACAAGACGAGGAAACUAUGCUCCCCCCAGAAAUCUUGGCAGCUCUUGGGGAAGCAAAGAAGUCUGAAGAAAUUUUUGGGCAGAAGAUCCCUACGGAAGUCUCUGAGUGUUGGGGUAAAAUCCUAAUAGAAGGAUUGACGAAAGAACAGAAGGAAAACUUGCUUACUAAAACACUGAUCCCCGAAAAUGUUCAACUCGCUAAAGCGCCAAGAUUGAACGCCGAGGUUGUGUCAGUAAUGAAUGAAUCAACAAAAAAUCGUGACAGGCGUUUAGAAAAGAUGAAAAACCAACUAGGUUGCGGUAUUGCAGGCUUAGCACAUUUAACAUGA